AUCACCAAUGCCGCAGGCUCAUACAUAGUAUUCAUAACCACCAUCGUACUCCUCGUGCUAUGGGCCAUCCUCGGAGGUGUGUUUGGAGCAACGCAAACAUGGCAAAUCGUCAUGCAGGAUGCGAGUUCCAUACAAUGCUAUGUUUCUGACACACUACUCAUGCGCCAGCAGCAAAACGGAUUCAUCGAGCUGUUGAAGACGAUAGGUGAAUUGAGAUCCAGGAACCAGACCUUGGUCCGAAUCUUGAGGACGCUCAGUCCUGGACAGAGACACGAAGUCCUUGCACACAGAAGACGUUCUGUCAUUUUGCGCAGAAGGCAGAAAGUGGACUCCAAAGACGGACCGUGGUUGAAGAAAUGGUUUGAUAUCAUGUGUGAUGGUAUGGCCAUUGCAUUUGGGUCUUUACCAUCAUUAGCUCUGUACGUAGUCGGGGUCGGAAUCUGGAUUGUUCUCGGAAAGAUGCUAGCUUUUGACAAUACCUGGCAAUUGUACAUGAACACUGGAGUGGCGGUCGAGUUGACCUUGACGAGCAUCUUCUUGCAACAUGUCAGGCGCAGACACACACAGUGGCUUCGUGAGACAUUGCGCAACAUCGAGGAUGUGGAUUGCGAGUUGGAACAGCGAAUUAGGUCUAUCACUGGAGAUGCGACUCCGAACGAAGCUGUCAUUUUGGAACCACCUGCAAGGAGAUUUGUGGAGAGAGGGAUAGAUGGGUAUGCGCAUCUUGUGGGAUCGGGGCUCGGGGCAACGUUAUCUUUUGCUGUGUUUACUGUUUGGCUUGGAAUAGGCCACGUCCUUUCUUGGAAUGCCAAUUGGCUUCUCAUUAUCGGGAGUUGGACGGGUCUGGUUGGAUUUGUUGAUGCGUUUGUCCUACGAAAUGUUGGGUAUCGACAACACUGCAUUCUGGACGACCAAGUUCGGGCUCUUGAAGAGCAAGACUUUGCAUUGUAUUCGUUGCUUGGUUUGCCGGCACCAAAGGUGGACUGUUCUGAAAGCAUGAAGAUGGAGAAAAGGUUGAAUUAUCGGAUAAGCAACUGGUUUGUCGUCACCACAGCGAAGUGGUAUGUCCUGUUGGCAGCUUUAGGGGUUGUGGCUUUGGUUCUGGCAGUUGCAACGGCACUGAGAUGGUCUGAGACCGGCCAGUUAAUAGCCAACACGCCAACAAUGAUCAUUGAGGGAUUUCUUUUGUUGGUCCUCAUUCAGGCGCACAAUAUAGCAAUUGUGAAGAGAUGGUUCGAAUUCGGUGCAGUUUUAGAAAGACGC